GGGGACAUUUGAUAACCGAGCAGUAGCUGUGAAGAGAAUUCUCCCCGAAUGCUUCAGCUUUGCUGACAGAGAGGUGCAGCUGUUGCGAGAAUCCGACGAACAUCCGAACGUGAUCCGCUACUUCUGCACGGAGAAGGACCGUCAGUUCCAGUACAUAGCCCUUGAGCUCUGUGCUGCCACUUUACAGGAGGAUGUCAGCGACCGAAUAGAAAAAGAAUCCUUAGAUGGCCCAAUCGUCAAGGAGCUGGAGAAAGGGGGGAGAGCGGUGGUGAAGAUGGACUGGAGGGACCACAUCACUGUCCCUUUACAGACAGAUCUUCGAAAAUUCCGAUCCUAUAAAGGGAAUUCAGUGAGAGAUCUCCUGCGGGCCAUGAGAAAUAAGAAACACCACUAUAGAGAACUGCCCCCAGAAGUGCAGGAAACCCUGGGUUCUGUCCCGGAUGACUUUGUGUGUUACUUCACAUUGCGUUUCCCUCACCUUCUUUUGCACACCUACCGUGCGAUGCAGAUCUGCUCCCAGGAAAGACUCUUCCAGCCUUAUUAUAUGCAGGACUCUGAGCAGAGACUUCCCGGAGAUGCUGUUUGACUGAUGGGGAGGGAAGGAGGGAGGGACUCCGUGUUCUUCGCACACACGCAGGGCUGUGAAACGGGCCUGGCCUUCGCAGGGUGACCAGAGGGAUCACCAGAGAGCGAAACAUCCUCUUGAAGAAAUCCAGACUUUUCUCCAGUGUGCCUUGUAUCCCGCCAGCUCAGAGUCAGGAAGAGAACCCCUGGUGGGAAUCUCGGGGGAGGGGGGGGAGAUGUGGUAAUUUCCGGAACGCUUUACACCACAGAAGAGGGGAGGGGUCAAGAAACUGCUCCUAAGAGGAAUGGUGGAGUAUAAAAUCAUGCCACUUGGCCCAGGCAUGACUAUGAUACAGGAAAUGCUUAACACUGUAGUCUCCUUUUAUGCUGGUGUUCAGCCAACUUGACUGCACAGAGAUGUAAAGAGAAGAAGACACAUUGACUGGAACCCGUACCUUUGCCAAGCAUCUCCUGGAUCUCAGGAAGGAGCCUUAGACUGUAGCACACCAUUUCUGUGUCCAGUAGCACACCACGACCACAAUCUGUACUUGAAGCAAUGUCUUUGACAUGAGGGAAGGAUUGAUUGUGAAAGGGAAUACUGUGGUUUAAGUGUACGUGAAGCAGCAACACAAAUGCAGCGGUUAAGGGAAGGGUAUAGACCUCCAAAGCCUAGUUUCCAAAUAAUUUUGUAUACACCUAACGUUGGUUAUGAAAUCGCAAGCGAAAAAUGUCUGUCCAAAUCCUACUAGUAAGA